AUGCUCCUAUCGUCCCAGGCCAAGCGGCGAUCUGCCAAGGCUGCAGCUAUCAUCAGAAGUGCAGGAAAUGCUACGUUUGUAGCGAAACGAAUCUUCACGACGCUGAAGUAUUCAAAGGCGUUAUAUUUUGCUCGAGCUGCUCCAAACGGAUUUUUCAAGGUUGUUAUUCCGCAAGAAGAUCCAAAAAUAAGUCUCGAAGAAAGGCGAGACCUCUCAAGGUUCCCCAGAAACAGUAAAUCCGCAAAACCUUUACCAACGCCAAGCAUUAAGAAUGAUGUAAGUAAAGUGGACCUAGCACAUAAUUAUAUUGUACCUAUGCUAAAUAAUUUGAAUAAUUUUUUUCAGGCGUAUAAUGUUAAACGGAAUAGUGUGGAGAUGGGCACUACGACGGAUGUCACACAGGAAUUAUUAAAACAAAUGAACUACCCAAUUUUGGAUAGAGAGGAGCAUGCCGCACCCGCGAAGCCAAAUAAAAAACACAAAAAGAAGAAAAAAUCAAGCGCAGACUUGCAAGUUCUUCGUAUAGCUGAGCUCGGCGCGUCUACAGAAAUAGCUCACAUUGCUCUAAGACAACGGUCUUCCGCUCCCAUCUUUAUUGCGUCAGAGUAA